UAUAUACAUACCUCUUACGGAAAAUAUUUUUUCAGACAAAAACAUAACUUCUUUCCUUUUGAACUGCAAAACCGAAAACAUAAAUUCAAAGAUUUUACAUGUCUGUGUAGUGUGCAUACAAAGUGAGAGAUCAGGAAAAGAGAGAGACGGUGAAGCAGCUUCUGGCCUGAAAAUUUCUUCUCUCCGGUAAGUAACUUGCAUUUACAUGUUUAUUCUUAGAUUGUCCUACUUCUUUUGUGCCCGACCCUAUAGAAGAGUCUUUAACACAAUUUAAGGUUAAGGUCCAUUUUGAAACAUUAACCCUUGUAUCCCUUUUCGUUUUAAUCAGGUCUCUAAAUUUUGGCAUAUGAAUCUGUAGUCCUUUUAGAUCCAUUACAACAGACUUUGUGUUGUUUUAUAAUUAUCCCUGUUUUUUUUUUAACUUGCAGCUGUCUGAACAAGUUUGAAAGAAAGUUGCAAUCUCUAAGAAUGGGAGAUGAGCCAAGAUUUAGUGAGAAAUGGGAUUUCAGAAGGAAAGAAAACGACUUUGAAGAUUCUUCAAGUGAUGAACCAGAUUCAAACUCGACCCAGGAUCCUAUUAUUCAUAAUCCAAAUGUUCUUCUUGAUUCGAGUCAGAUCGAUAAUGGACCAAAAACAGUGACUAGAGAAGAACCUGUGAAAGCACGGAAGAGGAGAAGCAAGAAAGAUGAAAGUAAACCUGAGAAACCUAAGCAAGUAGGAAGACGGAAACCGAAAACUGUUUCUGCAGAGGAGAAUAAGAAGAAAGAAGAAACGGGAACUGUUCCUGCAGAGGAGAAUAAGAAGAAAGAAGAAAUAGGGACGGGGAUGGAUGGUGUGGGAAUGUUUAUGGAGACAUUGCUUGAUGACCUUACGGCUUCUAGAGAACGUUUAAUGGAUUGGGUGAAGACUGAAUUGUAUGGAGCAUCGGAUGAAAAUAUUGCAUCUCGGCCGCCUUUGAAGAAGCGAGGGGUUGCUGCCGUAGCAGCGCAGAGACCAGUGAAGAAGAGGAUGACGAAGAAGAAGAAGGACGAGGAGGAGAAGAUGAAGAAGAAGGAAGAGGAAGAGAAGAUGAAGAAGAAAGAAGAAGAGGAGAAGGAGAAUGAAAAGCAGAGAAAACCAAGCGAGCGCAGUCAAGAGAUGAACACACCUGAAGAGAAAAAUUCAGAGAUUGCUCUUAACGGUCGUGAUCUUUAUUGUAUUCCUAGACCAUUGGAUGGAUUUUUAGAGGGCGGUCAAGGGAUGUACACACCUACAGAGAAAACUCCAGAGAUUGCACAAAACGGUGGAGAUUAUGGUUCUAAUGCUCGACUGUUGGAUAGGUUUCUUAAGGGCGGUCAAGGUGGUUUAGGAAGAAACUACUUUCAGCAACUACAAGAAGAUGAAGAAGCGCUUGUCACGCAAACAGAGAUGGAGAAUUCGAAAAACGAGACCGUGAAGAGUCAGAAGAGCAUUGUUUUGGCCAUUCAAGCUCCAAAUCUGAGUAAGAAACAAAAGAAGACAAGUGAAGCUAAAACCAACAAGAACAGAUCAUCAGUGGUGGAGAGAACAGGACAAGAAACGCAGACAGAUCAUAACUUUGGGACACGCUUUGCGUCACAACUGUCUUCAUCAUCAUCGUUGCAGAGUUUUCCGGUAUCUUCUUCCUUGUUUCCAAAACUUUCUUCACAAUCGUUGCUGCCAAGUUUUCCAGUCCCUUCUUCAUUGUUUCCUUUUUCAAGCCAAGGGAUCACUACACUAGCAAGCAACACCAACUUUGAACUGAGACACCCAGUAGCUCAGGCUCCUGAUCUCUCUGAAUUUCAGACAGGAGUACAAGGAUUUGAGAAUUCUAUGUUUCACAACAAUGGCUACUUUUCUGGUUUUCCAGCAGCUUUCCAGCCUCAUUUGCUAGCCGGCGGUUACAAUUUUCCACAACAACUGAAUUCUGCGACUUCUUCACAGCAGAGAGACGAUAACAAUAUGUUCGGAGGUCUGAGGAUGGCAGGUGGAGCCAUAAGAUAUUCUGGUAACAGAGUUCCCGAAGCCGAAGUUGGAAACUGUAUUAACGGCUUCUCUGAAUACAGAACUAGCUCUGGUAGAUAAAUGCCUGUUCCAGAGACAACAGCAACAAUGAAUAAUCUAUUUGCUCCUUGAUUAGAUCGAAAUAUUUGAGCAGAAAAAAGUAGAUUGAAAAAUUGGAUUGUCUUCAAAUAAAAUAAAAAUGUUUUUGUCCUCACAUAG